UAAAUUUCUUAACGUUUUGUUUAUUUAAUAAAUUUAUUAGUAUGAAUUAACAGAAUUUGGAAUUAAUUAAUAAAGUAGAAAGUGUAUAAAAAAUUUUAGUUUAGCAAAUUUUACCUGGAAAUUGAAGUAUAGACCAGAGUGUAUAGUAGAUAAAAGGGAAAUUGUAAUGAAUGACAGUAUCGUCAGUAAUCCUAACCAAAAUAAAAAAAAUUAAAAGCUAUAAAGCCAUCUGAUAAAAUUAAUAAUUUACUUAAUAAAUGACAUAGAAAAAAGAAAAUGGGGGUUCGUGGUUUGACUACUUACGUAAAUUCAAAUCAAGAAUUGUUUUUACAAAACUUUUCUUUACACGACUCUUGUGUUGUUGUCGAUGGAAACAGUAUGUGUGCUCAAUUAUAUAGUGAGUGAAUUUGAAGCCGAUGAUGAAAUAGCAGCUCUGGCAAGGACUUUAAACUGCCCAGUCUUGAGUUAUGACUCAGAUUUCUUUAUAUAUAAUAUAAAGUAUAUACCAUUCAACACUUUGGACCACAAACCAACACUUGUAGAAGAAGGUAACAAAAGAUUUUAUGUCUUACAAUGUAAACUUUAUAAAGUAGAAUUUCUAAUAAAAAAUUUUGGUGGUCUGCAAGAAAAUAUGUUACCUUUAUUAGCAACAUUACUUGGAAAUGAUUAUGUUGAGAAGAGGAUUUUCAAAAAAUUUUUUUCUCAAUUCAAAUUACCUAAAAGUAAAAGGUGCAAGAAUGACCAGCAGAGGUCUAUUCAUGGAAUUUUUAAAUGGUUACAAAAUGAAACACUAGAUUCUGCGGUAUCAAAAAUAUUGGGAAGGUGUAAGAAAUCACAGAAGGACAGAGUAUUUGCUAUUAUUAAAAAGGGUAUUGAAGGAUACAACCGUAAGAAAUGUAGGGCUUUAAAGUAUUUUAAUAUCAGUAGUGAUGACACACAAGAGGAAUCAAAUUUGACACUGCCUGGAAUUAUUGACGUAGAUACAGAAGAUACUGAUGAUGAAAGCUCUAGUAAUAGUUCUUUAUCUGAUGAUGAAAGUUCAGAAGAGAUAGAAAGUGAUCAUGUAGAUGGAUUGCCUAGUUGGUAUGCUGAUAAAAUUCGGAAUAAUUUAAUACCCUCAGUUUACAUGAACUUAUACACUCAUCAUUUGCACUUCUGUUCUCCGCAAGCUGAAGAUUAUACAGAUGAAGAUGCAUUUCUUUGUACAUUGCCUAUAUUGAGAUAUAGUUUCGACAUUCUCACUGAUUUUUCUCAUGAGAAAUGUAUAUAUGUCAGUAGACAGAAUGAUUGUAAUUACAAGAGAAUGUUCAUUGACAGAGAGUAUGCAAUCCCAAGGUUACUAGAAGUGCCAUUCAAUGAAUUAUCUAAUGACCAGUUGAAUUCAUACUUCCAUCAUUUUUUAAAACAAAAAAUGCCAUCCUUAGAUUUGACUGACAUAUAUUUGUUGCCAUCUGAUUUUCAAUUGUUUAUGGUAUCAAUGUUAUGGUGGAUAACAAAUUGUAAUGUACCAUUGGCUAAUGUUCACAGUUUGUUCAUAUGUUACAUUAUGCUGGAGGUUAUAGACGAAAAAACUGGGACGUUCCGUGGUCACAAACAUUUUAUGGAUAAAUAUUCAAACAAAAUUAUGGAAACUAAGAGGAGUCCCAUUGAUCGCCAUAAUGAAAACAAUGAGUUGUUUUUAAACAAGAACAAGGUUCAGUAUGAAGAUUGUCUGAUUGCAGCAAGUGUGCUUUUAAAACAUUUUGAAAUUGAUGGUACAAUCAUUAAGAGGCCUAAAACUUACGAUGUUAAGAGAGUACAUAGUUUUGCACAGUUUCAAUGUUGCUUGCAACAAUUUAACUGUUUAAAUAACUUAUGUGGUAGUCUAUUUGAACCUACGACAUACUAUAAAUGUUAUAAUGGGACAUUUGUGUAUAAUAUUGCUUUGAAGUUAGAAAAUCAAGUUGACCCGAUAAUAUUUUUUGAACAGUACCUGAAAGGUGCGACAACUGUGUUAAUGUUUUAUAAAAGUCUGUGUUCAGUUUAUCGGACAUGUUCAGAGAAGAUGUGCUUAACCAAUAGUGUGUUGCCAGGAAAGAAACGUAAUAGAAGAAAAAAGAAAAAAGAUGAAGUUGAUGAAAUUUUUAAUAAGUUUUUUGUCAAAGGAUUUGAGUCACAGGUGUCAAUAUAAUAUACUUAAUAUUAAUAAUAAUUUUAUUACACAUGUAUUAAAAAUAUUUUUGGUUCAUGAUUAUUUUGUAAUAAGUAUAUAUUAGUAUAGUUACAUAUUUAUAUGUAAGUUCAUAUAUAUACUGGUUGUUUAUAAUUUUGAUCUGUUUCAAUGAAACUAUAAAAAAAUUAUCAGACCAUAAGUAUUCUGAUGUUUAUUAGUAGUACAAAUAAAAAAAAAUUGAAUGUUUCAAAAAUCUAUGAUUCCAGAUAAAUUAUCAUACUGAAGACUAGGCAGCAUGGUCUCCGACCUUAGCCUGUUCCAUAAAGGAACAAACUUACUAAAAAAAAUGUAUCUAUGUCAUUUAGAAAGAGUAUUUAUAUGAUAAGUUUUACAAAACAUAUUUUUUAUUAGUUCUAGUGAAAUAGACUCAAGUAUAUAUAGAUUUAAUUUUUAUGUUGUAUUACAUAUCAUGACUUACUUAAUAUUUUUUGUAUAAUAAAUACAGAGUAUAUAGUUUUCUAAUUGUACUAUAUUUUAUAGAGUAAGACCUAAAUACUCGAUGGACAAUCCUUGGUGUAUAUUUUUAUCUGUCAUUAAUACACUGAAUUCUAAUACACAGCACGCGUGUCCGUGGCAAGUACGCUGUUAAUACAAAAAAAAAAGGUUAAUCUUCCGCAAUUAAUUUCCCCUAAUUAUGGGGUCUAUGAUUGAUAAAAUUCCGCAAUUUCGGACAGACUUCGUGUUUUGUUCAUACCGAAAUGGAACUUAAUAUUUCGUUCAUCAUAAAACUUUACAUACAGGUCCAAAGGAACGAUACUUUAAUAUAUUUAACAUUUUUGAACGGUGUGUCUAUAUAAAUUUGAUGUAAUCUUAAUCAAAUUUAUAUUUCGUUCGGACUUUCAAAUUUGGGAAACAUUUCAUGGUAGGCCUUCUAGACAUAUCUUUAAAUAUGUACGUAGGAAAAAAAGUUGCAGGUUAUAAUUAAUUAUAAAAAUGCAAUCAUUUACAAUAAAAAAAAAAUCAUCAAAAUCGCUUCAGUAAUAGUCUCAGAGACUACUUUUAGGCAAGAACUGUGGUAAGGAGGUAAGGGCAAAGAGUAAAGUAAUUCUAUCCAUAGGCUAUUAUCGGGCAUGUCUGACGCCUGUCUCGUGUUUCGCGU